UAUGACGUCACAGUUCCUUGCCUAGUAACUGUGCCGGACAUCUCAUAACAAUACAAGUCUCGACGUUGUGACGGCCGCGCAAAAUCGUGUACGAUCUGUGAACGGAGAUGGCCACACCUGCAGUUCAAACCCAUCGCAAGAAACGCCACCCCAUUGUCCCCAAGAUCCAAGGCUAUAGUCAUGAGGAAUUUGACAAACCAAUUGUUGAGAAACAUCCACCCUGUGAGAUCCCGACAGCAAGACAUUUCCCGGGGCUGUCGAUAAAAGGUCUCCCCAGCUUGUUUACGGAGACGGACUGUCGUACCGCCAUCAUGAGCUACGCCACGAGCACCUGCUGCGUCGGCACCGACCCCGCCAGAGAGAUGGACAUAACGGCACUUUAUCCUAAACACGUACACUACUACGAUCUCAUAACUUUCGGCGAGACUAGGUCGACAUGCCUGCGGUUUGUGCCACACCGGGAGAAACGGCCCUUGGACGGGGCGAACCAGGGAGUGCCCCCCUCGCCGUGGGAGAUUCCAUGUAGCCCCAUCUAUAUGAACACAAGGCACGAGCUGAGGAGUCCGGUGCCACAUACAACUAGAGUACAGGCGUGUGACGUGUGCGCUGCCCGGGGGUCCGUGCCGUGCUCCGUGUGUGAGGGGUCGGGAUACAGACGCUGCAAGAGCUGCGGGGGCCUCGGGGUGACGCUGGAGGAAGUAGAGUAUGGCGAAGAGGAGGAAGUGGCCGAAGUGGCGUGUGAGUCAUGCAGACGGAAGUGUAUUCUUAGAUGCAAGUCAUGUUACGGGAGUGGUCAAGAAACUUGCCGUACCUGCAAGGGCCACCGAGCGGUCAGAACAUUCGUGGAACUAAGGGUCAAUUAUCGGUGCGAGCGUGACUCCUUCAUGGACAACCCGUCCCCUGUCCCUGAAGAUGACAUAUUUAUCUGUGAGGGCUCUGAGAUAUUCAUCCAGGAAGACUUCCCUGUCGCCCCCAUCACAACAUACUCCGUGGAAGCCAUGAACAAGGCGUCCAUUUCUCUUGUUACCAAACAUAAUGACGCCUAUCCUGGAGGGAAAAUACUUAAACAGGUUCAGAGCAUGUGGGUGAUACCGGUGACGGAGGUUCAUUACACGUGGCGGGAAUUCCCCCACCGGCUGUGGGUGUACGGAAACUCGCGCAACGUGUACGCCCCCGACUACCCACAGCAAUGCUGUAUGGGGUGCAAGCUGAUGUAGUGGGCAGGGUGGUGCGUGGGGGGAGGUAGAGAAGCUGGACAUUCAGCCAUUAAUAUCAGAUGCGUGUUUGCGUUCUGCUGAAGAUUCUUUAUCAACCGAUG